CGAGUCGAGUCCAGAGCUCCUCCCUGUCAUGCCUGCCUACUUCUAUGCCCCCAUCAAGUCUGUAUUUCAGACAUGCUCUCCCCAGCGCCAAGAAACUCAAGCUGUCAUGGGUGGCAGAGCGCGAUUUUGCUCAACUUAACUUCAACAGCCUGACACUCGGAUAGUUGGCAUGAAGAGCCCACCUCAGAGCUCCAACCUCAACCUGUGGACGGCCCCUCCAAUACGAGCAUCCCGAUAGGCGAUGGUCAAUAAGCACCUACCAACCUCUGUUCCAAGCCAGCGUCAUGGCGAACAGCAACACCCCGAAGCAACCUCCAAUAUCCCCGGCGGCUGUGUCCUCCCCCGUUGACGUCCGAUCCCGAUCCCGCCGCGAUUCUCUAGCCUCCGUCUCUGUUUCUUCGCAACUGGACAAGGAACAGCUUGCUCUAGCCUUCGACAAGAUUCACAACUCCGCGAGUCAGUCCGAUGUGUUGACUACCUUCGACGACUUUGCUCCUCCACCUGGAAGCCUUCCAACCUCGGAAAGCAAGGGUACUGCUGCUGGAGAUUUGGUGCAACAAGGGCUGAGCGGCCUAUAUAGCCGGCUCAAGGAAGCUGUUGGUGUUGGUGCUGUCGGGCGGCCGCCCGCGCAGGAGUCGGAAAACCUAGACACCCAAGAUGUCGUGUCCAGAAAGAGCGCGAACCCGGCAAGCACCGGCGCCCAGUCUUCGGCCGGCCCUCCGGCCAGGGGUGAGAGUGAUGUUACGAGCUCAACCCUCGCGUCGAACAUUUCGUCCGACCCCCCGACCUCUGGGACUUCAUCCUCCGGCCCUGCGAUGACGGAUUCUCAAUCCCAGGGUCUCUCAUUAUCCAAGGCGUCUUCCAUGACGACUCUGGCUGCCUCAAAGUCGACUUCUUCAAGUGGGCAGAACCUGCCUAAGAUGGCAAAAGCUACAGUUCCGACUCCUUCGGUGGUGCCAGCCACCGUGAGUGCCUUCAACGCAACCCGCAGUGCAGCUAGUCAUGCAGAGGAGCCCGCAGGCCGGUCGAACGGACGGCGGAGUAUUAGCAAACCCUCUGACGGGAGGGAGAGCGUGGCUGCGAACAUAUCAGCAAACCCCAGCAUCGAUAGUAUCGCCACGGCUGACAGAAUUACUGUAUCGAGUCGAGCAAGGAGAGAAGAUAGUAUUGAUGGCAGCACGGACUCGCCCUUGUCCCCUGCAAAGGGCCCCGGUGAACUGCGAGCUUCGUCGCCUGCCUCGCGGGUUUCGUCGAGAGAUACCCUGAAGAGGCCGACUGUGAUUGACCGUAUCAGCAGUCCGACAACCAUUCACGAUACGCGCUCAAUGUCUUCUUCCAUGGAGCCCGGGGCCGCUGAACCGAGCACCAUCAGUACAUCGGCGCACAACUCCAUCAACCACAACUCUUUCGCCCACGAUCCGAAGGCCGAGCAGCUGCAAUCGGGGGCGAUGAGGAUCCCCGGAACAACCACAAACGAAGGGGCGCCAGAGGUGGUCAGCGCCAGGCUAGAACUUAUGCGGAAACAGGUACUUAGCAAGGAAUUUUGGAUGGCAGAUGAGACUUGCAAAGAAUGUUUUCUUUGCGGGACACCAUUCUCCGCAUUCCGCCGCAAGCACCACUGUCGGACCUGUGGUUGCAUCUUCGAUUCCAAGUGCACAUCAACCAUCUCGGGCCAGAAGUUUGGCGUCCAAGGCUCCUUGAGGGUCUGCAAGACUUGCAUCGACAUAAUAAACCGUAGAUAUGACAGCGGUUCGGACGACUCUGCCGACGACUCGUAUCUCCCGGCUAUCUUCCGUUCCAACCAACUGAAAGCUUCGGCAGUUCCGGCCAGAGUCAGAGCCGACGACGAUGUUAGCAUUGCCGAGAGGCCCGACGAGGCCGAUGACACCAGGUCCGCCACCACUCCCAUGAUGGCGAUCCCCGCCACCCGGAGAAUCGGGGAGUCGAAUCGACGUUCCGCCGUCCUGGAGAUUGACGCUCCUCAACUCAGCCGGCCGAGCUCAUCGAGGUCUCUGAAGUCGCUGUCCUCGGCCCGCCCCCAGUCAUCGGGCCAUAAACGCCAUCACUCCAAGCACAACUUUCUGACGAGGUUCAAAGCAUCGACGGCGGACGAGAGAGCUCCGUUCCGAAAGCCGCUUAACGAGGAACGAGAGAGAAAGUCAAAGUUACCGGCCUUUCACGAUGACAAUAUUAUUGACCCUGAACUCGCCCCCUACAUGUCCGACGAGUCGAGCGACGAUGAACAGAUGAGCAUUUUCGCCACUAUGGCGAGUAAUGACAUGCAGGCGUCCAGCCUAGAUCCUGACAAGGCGAACCUCGGCUCCUUCCUGAAUGCUGGGAGAAAGCACCGAUUCCGUCAGGGCGACAAGAGCAACAGUGGCCUCAGCUUCACCAGUCGCGGUGGUGGCGGCUACGACGAUGGCAAUGGUUUGCCUAACCUGGCACUUCACAGAGGCCCCGCCCGACGGAGGAACCUUAGCACUGCGAGCGCCAGUGUCCAUCACCUACGUUCUCCUCGCCCGAAGACGGCAGGCUUCAAAGGGCCGUCGGCUUCCGCCGACACUAUCUCCCUGUUUGACAACAAUGCUGGGCCGGGAGCAAGCGAGACGACCAAACUCACGCGGAGUGAUUCGAUUCGCGACUUGAAAUCGCCCGAGGUGGAGCUCGGCCCUGCGAGCCUGAACCACGUCAAGACACUGUUCCGGCAGCUGUUAGAAGAUGGUGACAUACCAAAUCCGCCGGCCUGGGAGAGGGCUCUGCUGCCCAUCUUGAUUCGGUGCUCGGAUGAGGUCGAGCCGGAUGUGCGGAAUGGAGACGACAUGGACAUCCGGCACUAUGUCAAGCUGAAGAAGAUACCCGGAGGCAAGCCUAGUGACACUAGUUACGUCCCUGGGGUGGUUUUUACGAAGAACCUGGCCUUGAAGAGCAUGCCGCGCCGUAUCUUCAACAGCCCGCGCAUCGUCGUCGUCUCCUUCGCCAUAGAGUACCAGAGGCAUGCGCAGCAGCAUUUUAUGAGCUUGCAGGCUGUCAUUGAGCAAGAGAAGGAAUUUCUGCGAAUGGUCGUUAAUCGAAUCAUUGCCCUUCGACCGCAAGUGCUACUGGCCGAGAGGAGCGUUGCUGGUGUCGCCCUGCAAUACCUGUCCGAGGCAGGCAUUGCGGUGGUAUCCAACGUGAAGCCCUCCGUCAUCGAGGCCGUCUCCAGAUGUGCGCAGACGGAAAUCAUAUCAUCCUUGGACAUGCUCGCCCUGCCGGUGCAAGUUGGGUCCAGUGGCGGCUUUGAGGUCAAGACGUUUGUCAACAACGAGAUACAAGGCAGGAAGAAGACAUACAUCUUCAUCUCCGAGUGUGACAAGACCCUCGGCUGCACCAUCGUCCUACGGGGUGCCUCAAGCCAAGUCCUCUCCCGGCUGAAGAGGAUUACCGAGUUCAUGGUCUACGUCGUCUACAACCUCAAGCUCGAAUCUUGCUUGAUGCGGGACGAGUAUGUCCAGGUUCCAACCGAACUGGAGGACACACCGACCCUAUCGUCGUCUAGACUGCUCACCGAGGACAGCCAGGGGCCCGAGAGCAGUACGCCAUCGUCUCAGAGCAGCAGUAACCCCACAGUCCUGGUGACAAGCCAGGGAGGUAGCGAGGUGGCCACUCAGCCCAGUGAUGGCGCAGCAGUGAGUAUGGAUUCAGACGGCCAGCCAGCACCGCCGCCCCAAGAUGGAACCACCCCAGAAGCUUCCCAGAAGCCGAGAGGACGAGGCUCUCUUCAUGAUUCCGACUCUCACGAAUCCCACGACAGCCAGCUGCCUGAGGAUGCGCCGAUGCCCACAUUCUACAGUGAUAUGGUAGCCAAGUACCGGACGCGAAUCCUAUCGGCAUCGCCGUUCGUCAAGUUCCCGCAGCCCUAUCUCCUCAUGAAAGCGCGAGAGCAGGAGCGGCGGCUGGUCUCCCUCAAGCGCCUCCGCGACCAAAACAUUGUGGAAGACCACGGAGAAGGCGAGAAGACCAAGCCGCAGAGAUUUCAACUCAUAGAGCCGGAAAUGGUACACGAGAUUGGGCAAAAGGGGCCACGAAAGAUAAUGGAAGUUCUCCAUGCCGUUCACGACGCGGAGUAUGACAAAGCCCUCCAUAACUACCAAACGCAGACUCGCCAGUGGGAGAACUACAUAAAAGGAAGCCUUGACCUCUUCGACCCCUAUUCUCACCAGAACAUCGUCGUCCUGUACUCUGUCAUCUGCACAGACUCGAAGAUCCCUUGUGCCGAGCCCGGGCUGAUCGCCAUGGGCUUCUACGACGAGCACCCGGAUGGGAGCCACAACAUGGAUCCUGACUGCACGCUGGGUCAGUAUGUCGAGGACCUCUGUGAGAGCGCCGAUUCCGUCUGCCAUUCCAACGGCUGCGACCGGCCCAUGCACCUCCAUCACCGAACCUACGUACACGAUGGGGCUCGCAUCACCGUCUUUGUGGAGAGAGACUCUCCGUUGCCUCUUGGCAUGGAUAAGCAGGACAACGCCGAGGUAUACAUGUGGAACUACUGCAAGUUCUGUAAGAAAGACCUCGGUGUUAUGGCAAUGUCAGUCAGCACGUGGAAGUACUCGUUUGGCAAGUAUCUCGAGCUUUCAUUCUGGAGCAAAGGCCUUCUGUUGAACAGCACCGCGGGCUGCCCCCAUGACCAUCAAAAAGAUCAUAUUCGAUACUUUCACCACCGGGGCAACUCGAUCCGCAUACACUACGAUCCAAUCGACCUCCUCGAGAUUAUCGUCCCUCGGACGAGGAUCACCUGGAAAGUGGACAAUGAUUUGCGGCUCAAGAACGAGACUUUUACCAAAUCGGAAGAGCGGUGGAAUCGCUUCAUGGGCUCGGUUAAAGCCAGGUUGAAGAACUUCCGUAUUGAUAGCGUCCUCCCGGAAAAGGCAGAUGCCUGCAAGGCCGAAGUGGAACGACUGGCCAAGAGAGCCCAAGAGGAUCAGGCUCGGCUGACACGGGAGCUGCAAGAUGCCUAUAUGAACUCAAAAUACUACGAAGUCAUCCCCCUCAACGCAGUCAUUAGAGAGAUGCUCGAGACGGCUGCUGAAUGGGAUGGCGCAUUCGCCAAAUUCGAGGCCGACUUCCUUUCGGACAAGGAUGUCCGGCAGUUGACAAUCAUGCAGUUGAGGAAGAUGUUCACAGACAACGAGUCCAGGGAGUCCCUGCCUACGACCGAUGGCGGCACCUCGAUUACGACUAUGGGUUCCGAAUCGGAUGACAAGACGACCCCGGUUACAACCCAGACAAGCAUGUCCGAGGUUGAGGAGAAGCAGGCUAUGACUGAAAGCGAACCUCUCGCGAUGGCCUCCCCGUUGCCAGCCACCGCCGCCUGUGAGCCUGACCCUAUGACCAAAGACGGACGUUUCAAGGAAGCCGAGGUUCUCCUCGAAAGCGUCGAACCUCUAGAUCUCGCAACGCCCGGCUCGUCCGCCUUGGCAAACAGCCGACCCAGUCUCCAGGACUCGAAGGCUUCCUACUCGCAGAUAACUGGCGCUGCGCCAACAUCACCAUCGCCUACGCCUACCACAUCUCGCCAAGUAGAUUCUGUCCCCCCGUUCUCGCCGCAAAUGUCUUUGGCAGAGAAAGUUGCACAAUUGCGCCGAGAGGCGCAAACGGGAUCAAACGCCACGGCUACUGCGAGCGAGCACGGAAUCGAACAAGUUCGUCCCGUACCGGAGAGGAUCUCAUCCCGUAGAGCGGGAUUGGCUGUCUCGCCGCCCAUGGUUCGUGCCAUAUCCCAACCAGUGGUGCCGCUGCCUAGGACACAGUCUGGCAUUAGCAAGCUCUCGAAGGAGUCGAAAACCCAGGAGCCUGGAGCUGGCGAGCUUCAGCGGUUUUCCACGGAGAGCUCUCAAAAGAGCGAGAAGAAGCUGGCGGACAGGAUCGGUCUCGGUGCGUUGAAGGGCCGGAAGGCCGGCUCGUCAGGGAUCCCGCGUUACGUGCAUGGCAGCAGCAGCAAGAAGAGAGAGACAAAGGUGUCGACGCUUGCUCGACAUUUCGAGCAGCUGAGCAGGGAGUUCGAGAAAGAGAGAAUGAAGGACCGGAAAAGCCGCGCUGCCAAGAUGCAACCCCCUCGGGCCUUCCUCCCGCGUACCUCCACCAAGGCGAUAGUAGAAGUCUAUGAAGACGUGGACCAGGCAGUCCAAGAACCAGGUCCUUACGAUGAUGACCAUCUUCUGGACCGGGAACAGAGUGAUAAGAAGUCAGUCGAGACGAGCAAUCCACCGGAGAGCAUUCCAGAGGAUGUGGUGGCCAAGUCUGUGGGCAAGGACGGCAUGUCGACUGCCGGUUCUCCAUCUCGGGCGGGAGCAGCCACGGAGACUGAGACGGGGGACGCCCACCAUGAAAGCCAGGUCGGCUCCGAUGAAGAAGGCGAGGCCAGCGAUGCCGACCAGUCACUUCUCGAAGACAUCUUACCAGAUGUCAAGGCAAUUGCGGAUUCACUCGAGCCAAGCGAAGAGAUCCCCUUGGAGCUUCCCAAGCACCAGAAGAAGAGCCUGAUGACAAUGUUGACCAACUUCUGGGCAGAACGAUCGGCCAGCGGAUGGCCGCAUUUAGAAUACCCUCUCAAUGCCACCGACCACAUCUUCAUCAACUCCGAUAUCAUUGUCAGGGAGGAUGAGCCCAGCUCUCUCAUCGCCUUUGCGCUCAGCUCCGAGGAUUACAAAGUCAAGCUCGCCGAUAUCAGGCGCCACUGGCAGGAGGUCGCCCAGCAAGACGCCGAGAGCAGUGGGGAUGGUCUCGAGAUGAGGGCACAACGCGCUCCGGCGGCAGGCGAUCUUGUCGGGGACGAACGGGAGCUGGAGGAGAGCCUGCUCCGUCCGACCGGCACUCAUCUGAAGUACCAGUUCACCGAAGGGUCGGCGAAGAUGAUGUGCAAGAUAUUUUUCGCUGAGCAAUUCGACGCUCUCCGCCAGAAGUGCAGUGUGUCUGAUCGCAUCAUCGAAUCUCUCUCGCGGUGCCUAAAAUGGGACUCCAAGGGCGGCAAGACCAAGUCCGUGUUCCUCAAGACCUUGGACGACCGGCUUGUGAUGAAAUCGCUCUCGCCCAUCGAGACGUCGGCUUUCUUGCGCUUCGCGCCGGAUUAUUUCAACAUCAUGGCCAAGACCCUGUUCCAUGACCUCCCGUCCGUCAUCGCGAAAAUGCUCGGCUUCUUCCAGGUCAUCAUCAAGAAUCCUCUCACCAACACGGAGAUCAAGCUCGAUCUCUUGGUUAUGGAGAACCUCUUCUACGACCGAUCUCCGACCAGGAUCUUUGACCUCAAGGGGUCGAUGCGCAAUCGCAAGAUCCAAAGCACAGGGGAGCAUAAUGAGGUGUUGCUCGACGAGAACAUGGUCGAGUACAUCUACGAAUCGCCGCUAUUUGCGCGCGAGCACUCCAAGGGGCUGUUGCGAGUGUCGGUCUGGAACGACACCCUCUUCCUGGCCCUCCAGAACGUCAUGGACUACUCCCUCAUGGUAGCCGUGGACGAGGAAAAGAAGGAAUUGGUGGUCGGCAUCAUCGACUGCAUUCGAACCUACACGUGGGACAAGAGACUCGAGAGCUGGAUCAAAGACCGCGGCUUCGCUGGCGGUGGCCGGAAUAGGCCGACUGUGACGAGCCCUAAGGAGUACAAAUCGCGAUUCAGGGAGGCAAUGGCAAGAUAUAUAUUGCAGUCUCCUAAUUGCUGGCAUCAAUUUCGUGCACAGCCUGUCGCUCCCGUGACCCCCCGGACACGCUUUGAGGCAGACUUGUAAGCAUUCAAGUCUCGAUAUAUAUAUGUUCGGCAGGGGGGGAGACAGGUGCAUUGCUUUUAUUUGAAUGAUUAUCACACAAUUGGCUGGCUAUAGACAUUUGAGUCGAUCACUUCGCUCUCCUAGUCAUUGCCAAACUAAAGGCGUUGAGUUUGCAUUAGAUGGUACAGAUUUCAGGGCGACCAUAGGGGUUCCGAAGAACCAUGAUGAUCACGAACAGAUGCAGGCACAUAUACCCUACAGGCCUCGAACAAUCAAUCGGUGGCUCUGGCAACUUUUCAAAGGGCGUUAUUCAAAGUUUGACAGAUUAAAUAUAUGAACGUUUCCUCCGUAAA